AUGGCCGACAACAACGGUUCCCAGCCUGUGGCCCGGGCCACUAAGCCCGUCAGUGAGGCCUUGCUGAACGAAAAGUGGGACCGCGCCAUCUCCUCCAUGAUCAUCCGCUCUUCUCUCGGUCUGUCCUUCGGUGUUGUCUUCUCGGUGCUCCUGUUCAAGCGGAGGGCUUGGCCCGCUUGGGUUGGUCUGGGCUUCGGUGCCGGACGUGCGUGGGAGGAGGCUGAUUCUUCUUUCCGCCGGGGUGAUUCGCCCAUCAGAGACGCUCUGCGUAAGUAA